GCAGACAGAACGACAGAAGUCGGUCAUCCGUGUUUUUUGUCAAACAAAAUAAAAGUAAAAAAAACAAAAAUUUAGGGUAGCUUGUUAUAGUAGUCAAAUCGGUAUUACAUUUAUCUCAUGUGAACGUUUCAAAUCAACAAAGUUGUAUUGACAAGAUGUCCCUUGGCAGGUGUGCUUGCAUCUUGUUCAACAAGCAAAUUUUCAAUACUGCUAAGCUUGCAGCCACUGGUAGCCUUCAAUUUAAAAGCAACAACAAUCAGAUCUGUUUUUAUCAAGUGCCACAUGAACAGCAGCAGAGGAGAGGCUUCAGAGAUUUUGGGCAUAAAAAAGGUCCUGUUAAAAAAUAUACUCAAUUAUAUGCCUCAGCAGUAACUUUGAUGUUUGUUGGAUGCACCAUAAACUGGAAUACUGUUAAAGGAUUCUUUUUCCCGACCAUUGAAGCUGCUUCGAAAAUCCAGAAAAGCAAAGAUGAAGAGGAAAAUAAAAGUGUAGAAGAGAUGGAGGAAGAAGGGCACAAAAAAAAGAAGAGCAAGAAAGAUAAAGUUGGAUUUCGAGACAGAAAGAUAGUGGAAUAUGAGAACCGCAUAAGGCAAUUUUCAACACCUGACAAAGUAUUUCGUUAUUUUGCGACGCUUGAAAUGAUAUAUCCUAACGGUUCGCACGAGGUGUUGAUGACGCCAGAUGAUUUUUUAAGAUCACUGACACCCGGCGUCUUGCAACCAGAGGGUUUAGGAUUGGAUAAAUAUAAACGAUACGAUCCCAAGAGCGUUCAAACGAAAUUGGAGUUGGCAUUGAACGAGGACAGUAUCUUCUAUAAACUUGGAAGCUAUGGGCUGAUAACUUUUUCCGACUACAUAUUUUUGCUCACCGUUUUGUCAACAUCUCGGCGUCAUUUCGAGAUAGCCUUCCGAAUGUUCGACGUGAAUGGCGACGGAGAUGUGGAUUACGAAGAGUUCAACAAGGUUUCGAAUCUGAUUCGUCAACAGUGCAGUAUAGGAAACCGUCACAGAGAUCACGCGAAUACCGGGAAUACCUUCAAGGGUGUUAACUCGGCGCUAAUGACGUAUUUUUUUGGAGUGGAUUUGAAACAAAAAUUGAAAAUUGAAAAAUUUCUAGACUUUCAGCAGGAAUUGCAACGAGAAAUUCUGAGCCUCGAGUUCGAACGAAAGGAACCCAAUGAAAGUGGUUUCAUAAAAGAAGUCGCAUUUACUGAAUUGCUCUUGGCCUAUGCUGGUAUUUCAGAAAAGAAGAAAGAGCGUAUCAUUAAGAGAGUCAAGAAAUCGUUCAAAGAUAGUUCCCAGGGCAUACACAAAGAAGAUUAUCUGAAGUUCUUUCACUUUUUGAGCAACAUAAACGAUGUCGAUACCGCGUUGACUUUUUACCACAUUGCAGGGGCCUCAAUAGAUCCCGCUACGCUGAAACACGUCGCAAAAACUGUAUCCCACGUAGAUUUGUCGGAUCACGUAAUUAAAGUUGUUUACACCAUCUUUGAUGAGAAUAUGGAUGGACAGCUGAGUAAUCGCGAGUUUGUUGCCGUCAUGAAAAACCGAGCUCUCAGAGGCUUAGAAAAACCAAAGGACACCGGCUUCGUCAAACUUUUCCAGUCUAUUCUCAAAUGCGCUAGAAAUCAGUAUGCCACUUAAAUUAGCUAGUCUUCCUAUCGACGCUCAAAUUAUUGUAUUUGUUCCAACAGCUGCUUUGUGAUACAUUAUUUAUGUUACUUUACUCUGUAAUAUACCGCAAGUACUCAGAUUAAUCAAAUAUGUCGUAAGUAAAGUAAUUUUUGUAAAUUAGGCAUUACCGUAAAGAAUCAUCUCUUUUGUUGUGAAUUAAAAUAUAUAUACAUAAAAUAAAGAAACUUUUAACUUGAAAAA